AUGACCCAACUCACCCGCUUCGAGAGUGCGGUGAAUGAAUAUGAAGGCCUGACUGGCACUAGCAUGUCAGACGACAAUCGUUUGGCCGCCGUUCUCCGAUGUCUGUCCGGACAACUCAGGACCCAGGCCACCGUCUUGAUCACAGAAAGCUCCACGUAUCAGGAUCUUCGGAAUUUGAUUGAGCGCUGGGACACUUCCCAGACAAAGUGGAGCACUUCGAUUGCCAGCACGUUUGGCAUUGCAUCUUCGUCCUCAGGCGGUCCCGCGCCCAUGGAGAUUGAUCGUGUCGCGUGGAAUAAGGGCAAGCCUAAGGGCAAAGGUGACAAAGGCAAAGGCAAGCCAAAAGGCAAAGGUCAUGGUGGCAAGCCACAAAGCGGUAAAGGUGGUAAGAACCAGGGCAAGCCAAAAGGCAAGGGCAAAGGCGGCAACACUCCCAAAGGUCCGCCUCCUGCAACUGCUGCAGCAUCGAGCACGGCAACCACAGCCGUUCGCCGUGUGCAGGUCUUUGAUCUUGGUGACACGUCAAGCUGGUUUGCAGGCGGCCAUGUGCGUGCCGUCAUAGCCGAGCCGGGUUUGAGAGCCAAGGCAAUCCAGUGCCCCACAGGUUGCAUGCCGAGAGGGAUUUCAGAAUUUUCAGAUUUUGAUUUUCUUGAUGCAAUGCGUGCCAGCCACCUUGGCUUGGGAUAUCUAGUUUCAGAUGUCUUGACAAUUUCGGGAGUUGAGCGCUUCGAGUGUUCGGAUGGCUUGAGCGAUUGUCUUGAUAACAUUUUCAACGGGUUUGAGAGCCGAGGCAAUCCAGUCCCCACAGGUCGUUUUGAAUUUUACGAUCAGUGCAGCGUGCCAGAGGGUCCCAUUUUGCUUGAGCAAGAUCAGUGCAGCGUGCCAGAGGGUCCCGGGUCCGAGUGUGACCACAGCUUCGACAUGUCAGCUUGUGAUGCCAAUGCAGGGUCGUGGUGCAUAGCUGCAUCGACCUUUGAUCUUCAGGACGAGUCAGACUGCAGCGGGAUUCCUCAGUUUGUGUGCGCAGUGCAUUCCAUUGACAUGUUGGUGCACGACUCAAAAGCUCAUGAGAUCAUUCUUGACAGUGGAGCAGACAUGAGUUGCCUGCAACUUUGCUAUGCCACGCAUGGCACCAGUCAGGGCGCCGGAGGCUUAGCAUUGAAAGAUGCACAGGGCGAGCCACUUGCUGUGAACGAUUUGAGAGAAGUUGAUUUCGUUUUGCAGAGUGAAGAAGGUGAGCCGAUUGUGUGGCGAGAAGUUUGCGCGAUUGCACCUGUCACUCAGCCUCUCUUGUGCAAGGGCAAGCUCAUGCGUGCUGGGUGGUGGCCACAGCGCAAGCCCACCAUGUGUCUUGAGCAUGACAGUGGCAUCCGAGUGCCGAUGAGCUUCAAGGGCAAUUCGCUAUGCAUCAAAGCUGCCAUUUACCGUGUCGGUGAGCAGUCUGUGAAUCCUGCACUUCAUGUCAGGUUUGUUCAAGCAACGAUUGAUGCAAGCAUGAUUGAUGCACCGUUUGGAUGGCAGAUGUCAGAGCAGGGUGAUAUGUUCUUCCGCGGCCGAGGGUCGCACUUCAUCGAUCCUUCCAUCGUUGCCCCUGUUGGGUGGCCAUGCAGAACCACGCUUGUGAAGCCGUGCCGAGACGGCUACGACCACUGGCUCCUGCUUGAACACUGUGUGAGCUGGGGUGAGCUUCAGGAGUUGUCUGCUGUGCUACCGCACGGGGAAUCCGAUGUUGUGUGUGUGCUCACGACUGAUCGAGCGCCGCUUGAGGACAUGAUGAUUGUGCCAAGCAGGUCAGUCAAGGACUACAUCAGUUGGAGCGGGCCGCAGCCAGCAGAUCCCAAUGCAGGGGAGCUUGAUGAAUAUGAGCCCAGUGAUGAUGGAAUGGCAGAGGCUUUCGAGCCCGCCGAGGUGAGUGUGUCUCCCUUGCCUGAUGUUGAAGUUGCAGAUGCGCCGAUGCCGGAGCGCAAGAGUGAGCGAGAUGUUCUGGUGUAUGAUGGCGUCGAGUUGUCUUUGGCAUCGACUUUGAAUGUCAUCAGAGCUUCGUGCAAGGCUGCUGGUCUCUCCCAGUCUGGGAGCAAGCAGCGCUGUCUUGACAGGUUGAAGUGUUAUCUUGAGAAGCAGGACAUUGCUCUGAAGAGUGAGGUUGCUCAAGCAGUCGAAGGCGACAGCACGCGUGUUGCAAAAGGUCAGGCAAUGAACAAAGAGCCAUCGAAGGCCGAGCGUGAUUUGCACAAUCUCACUCACUGGCCUUUCCAAGGCUGGUGUGAUCACUGCUUGUCCAUGCGCGGGCUUGAGGACCGACACCAGUCGAUCCCCGACAGUCCCGACCGGGACACACCGAUUGUAAGCUUCGACUUCUGUUACACUUCCGUGACCACAGAUGAUUCAGACCUUCAGCACCACAAGUAUUCAGGCAAGCUUGGAAUGUAUGCCGAGCCCGUCUGGGGCUACCGAAAAGGGAAGCACAAAGGCGACCGCCGAUGGCACAGAGCCCUCAUGCUGACUAAGAGUCCAAGCAAUGACAUGUAUGUUUUGUGCAACUCUGCAGGAGCGUGGCUCACCAAGUCAAUCAGGCGAAAUGACAAGUCGUGGGAGUCCGAGCAGAGUUUGGCGAUUGAUGCCAAAGGAUUUCCUUGGGAUUAUCAGCUUGGUUUGCUGGGCACAAAGGUUGUUCCACAGGCUAGGCAUCGCGUGCCCAAGCCAGCUGACAAGGGUGAGCCCGAUGCUCCCCAAGGUGAGGUUCAGGUUGAGGCGCCAAGAAUGCCAGACAUGCCGGCCAUGGCGGGGAUCCCUCCUGCACCUGUGCCAGCUGAGUCAGUGCAACCGCCAAGCGUUGUGGCGGGGACCCCAGCGCCUUCUUCGAGAGCCACGCUUCUUCUUGAUCGGUCUGAUCGUGCUCCGACAAGUGUUGUUGAGCCUGCUGCAGCCCCAGCGCCGCUUGAAUCACCAAUGGAAGUUGCUGCUUCUGAUCCGCCGUCUCCUGAAGGCGGAACGCCGGUGAUACCGAUGACAGAUGAUGAUCUUCUCAUCGAUGUUGCAAAGCGGGCGCAAGAUGCUAUCGAUUUGCAGCCCAGUGGGCAGGCAUCCAAGUACCAGCGCAUCGCCAGGGUUGGCGCUGAGGAGCUUCCCAUCAAUGAUGAGGUUCUUGAAUCAGCCCCUGAGUGGGAGGAUGCUGAAAGGUAUCUUGAGGUGUCAGAUGAGGCUGCAGCUGAAUGGGAUGUGACCAACACUGAAGACAGCCGUGCCCUUGACAACGAAGAGUGUCUUUGGUAUGAUUCGAUCCCUGAUUUGUCCGAGCAACAGCAAGAGGAGCUUGAUCGAAUCGCUGAUUCUUUCGAGGUGCAGCGCUUGCUUCGCAAAGGCGUCCUUGAGGAGAUCGGGGAUGAAGUGGACACGUCGGACCACAAGGAAUUGUCUUCGAAGUUCGUGAGGACAUGGCGUAAGAAACUGCACAAAGGCAAGAUGAUGUACUUUAGACGGUCGAGGCUGGUAGCUCGCGAGUACCGAUGGCUGGAGCGGGACAGAGAGGAUCUUUAUGCACCAGCAACGUCAGCCAUCACCACCAAGCUUUUGCCGUGGCUGUAUUGCGAGCUCAGCCGGCGAGCCAGAGAGUCUCCUGAUGAGACCGACCGCAUAGGAGUGAUCCCGCUUGAUGUGCGUGACGCUUUUCUUAACGUCCCUCAGGAGCGUCCCAUGCUGGCCAAGAUCCCUGGGUUUGCAAGCCGAAUGCGGUUUCUCAAGAUGCUCCCUGGACAGCGGGACGGGACAGCCCGAUGGCAUCAAUUCAUCAUGAACUACAUCCGCGAGGAGCACAAGCUCACAAGCUGUGCUGAGUGCCCAUCGGUGUAUAAGAUCGUUGAUCCCAAGGGCCGUGUAAACCCCGGGUUGAUACAUGUAGAUGACUUGUGCCUGGUUGGGUUUGUCCAGUGGCUUCUUAAAGAGCUAGUCCCAAGCUUUGAGAAAACCUUUGAAGUGUCCUACGAGGUAGCCUGCAUGCCUGGAGACAGCUUCAAGUUUCUUAAAAGAGAGCACAUAAUUCUUGAUGAUGGGAUCUUGAUAAAGCCACUUGCGGACCAUGCUGUGAAUAUGGCAAACCUUCUUGAUGUGCCGUUGCAUCGAAAGUUCCCUACGCCGUGCACCAAGGAGCUUCUCAUGCCGGAUGCAAGCAAGGAGCUGGACUCUGCUCGAGCAGCCAAGUACCGCAGCGCCGUUGGGAUAGGCAUGUAUGUGUCACAGGAUCGGAGUGACAUUGCUUUCACGGUGAGGGUGUUAGCCCAGAACCUUAAAGCACCGACCGAGCGCGGCUGGCAGUUUGCGCAACGCCUUGCAGGGUAUCUUGUUGGAACGGCCGGCUACGCAAGCAAGGUGCAUGCCAAGGGCGAUCGAGCAAGCAUUCUUGAGCCACCUGAUGCCGAGGAGUGUCUUGAUGGCGUUCGGCUGGAGGUGUUCUGUGAUGCAGACUGGAGCGGCAACAAGCAGACGCGCCGGUCGAUGAGUAGCAGCUCGUUCUUUUUGAACAGCUGCUGCGUCUAUACUUCCUGUAAGAGCCAACGCUGCGUAAGCCUCAGUAGUGCGGAAAGCGAAUUUUACGCCCUGGUGUCCGCGGCGUGCGACGGCAUCUACCUGAAAAGAGUUCUUGAAUACCUGCUUGAACUACCGGUAGAUCUUCUGAUGAGGACUGAUAACAGCUCCUGUCGACAGAUAUCUUUGAAGCAAGGUGUAUCGAAGAUUCGGCAUUUGAGCGGACGCUUUCUCUGGAUACAGGAGAAGACAGCCGAUCGCACACUCCGUGUGCAGCCGGUCGAUGGGAGGAGGAACCCAUCGGAUCUGGGAACCAAGGUGCCGUGCUCAGGAUCCCGCCUACGUGCUUUGUUGUGCAUGCAUGACUUUGUGUGCUGUGCGGGUGACUGCAUAGAGGAGGUAGGCCGUGCAGAGCAUGAUGCGUUGUUGGAGCAGUUGCAGCGUGAGCGUGAAACACAGAGGGUUCGCAGACUUGUGUGUAAGACGCUGAAGAGCAACGGGAUGCAGAGCUUCAACGCUGCAAUGAUGGUGAUGAUGCUAUCGCUUGUGCAAGGUGCCGAGAGCAGUGGUACCAGGCGUGAGGUCGGUGUGCAGACCGAUGAUGAUGCACGGUGGGCGCAGUCGCUGGCCGUCUUGGUGAUUUGCACAUGUGCUAUCCUUCUUGCCUUGAAAUCUUUGAGCCUUGGGCGGCUAUGGACCACAGAGGGCAAUGAAGAUGACAUCACCUUGAACGUGAGCAAUGCCAGCACAUCCACCGAGGAAGUGUACGAGCAGGGAACCGACGGUUGGUGGAAUUGGGUUCCAUUGACUUUCACCUGCAGCCUUUCAGCGUUUUGCCUGGCAAUCAUGAUGUGCCUGCGACGGGUGCGAGCCGCACUGCAUGCCGCUGAGCAAGAGAACGAUCGCUUGAGCAGAUUGAUCGCUGAAAUGAACUACGACCGUAUCGCUUGGGGAGAAUACCACGAGGCGAAAGAUCGAGCAAGAGAGAGAACGCUGCCAAUGCCAGAGCCGAACCGUGCUAUCUUCAUAGAUGGCGAUGCCGCACGCGGUUCCAACGAUGUGAUCCAGCAUGUGCCUGAGUUGCAUGUUUAUUGCACUUUGAGACGAGGCAAGUCGUACCACAAAAGCAGGAAUUGCACUUGUCUUAACAAUGCUGAUGAGAUCGUGAAGCUUGGAAUCGCCACAGCCCGUGAGCGAGGUUACAAGCCGUGCGGAAGUUGCUUUGGUGGCAGCAAGAAACAAAAGUGA